AUGGCGGACUCCGAAUUGCCCCACCGUCCCAAGCCCGAAGAGACCAAAGAAGCUCCCGCGGAGAGCGGCGAGUCCAAGAACGCCAGCAAGAAUGCGCUGAAGAAGGCGGCCAAGGAGAAGGCUAAAGCAGAGAAGGCGGCCGCACGCGCAGCCCAGGAGAAGGCUCAGGCCGCGGCCCAGGAUGCCAAUGACACGGCCAAGCACCUCUAUGGACCGAUCCCCCCGACUGAGGAUGUUCUGCCCUCGACCCGGUUCGCUGAGCUGACCGAUGACCACUAUGAGAAGGAGGUGACCGUGGUGGCGCGUGUGGACAAUGCGCGCGUGCAGAGCGCCAAGCUGGCCUUCUUGAUGCUGCGCCAGCAGGGCCAGAAGGUGCAGGCCGUGAUUGCGGCUGCGGAGCCCAUCUCGAGACAGAUGAUCAAGUACACUGGUGGUUUGAACGUCAACUCCAUUAUCCAGGUCACCGGUAUUGUGAAGAAGCCCGAGAUCCCCAUCUCGUCCGCCACGUUGAGCCACCUCGAGAUCCACAUUCGCAAGGUCUACAUGAUCUCCGAGGCGCAGCAGAUGCUGCCCAUGCAGGUCAAGGAUGCUGAGCGCCCGCCACCGGAGGGGUCCGAAGAAGGUCAGGUCGACGCUGAGGGUGCGCCCAUCGUCACCCUCAAGACCCGUCUCGAUAACCGGGUGCUCGACCUGCAGACUGAGACCAGUCAGGCCAUCACCUGGAUCUCGAGCGGAGUGUCGGAGCUGUUUGCUGAGUACAUGAUCAAGAGCGGCUCGCGGUGGAUCUUCACGCCUAAGAUGGUGGGUGCCGCUACGGAGGGUGGCAGCAACGUUUUUGAGAUCAAGUACUUCAAGCGCAAUGCCUUCCUGGCGCAGAGUCCGCAGUUGUACAAGCAGAUGUGUAUUGCCGGCGACAUGGAUAACGUGUUUGAAAUUGCGCCGGUGUUCCGUGCAGAGGACAGCAACACACACCGUCACCUGACUGAGUUCUCCGGUCUCGAUUUUGAAAAGACUUUCCGCCACCACUACCACGAAGUGCUGGAGUUCGCUGAGGACCUUCUUGUGUUCAUUCUCUCCCAGCUGAAGGAGCGGUACGCGGACAAGAUUGCAAUCAUCCAAAAGUCGUACCCGAAGGCCGGCGACUUCAAGCUGCCCAAGGACGGCAAGGCGCUGCGACUGAACUACAUGGACGGUGUGGCCCUGCUGAAGGAGGCGGGUGUGGACAUGUCGGAACAGGAGCGGUUCGAGAACGACUUCACCACGGCGAUGGAGAAGCAGCUGGGCCAGAUCAUCCGUGACAAGUACGACACAGACUUCUACGUGCUGGACAAGUUCCCCAUGGCCGUGCGGCCCUUUUACACUAAGGCCGAUCCGCAAGACAAGCGCUUUUCCAACUCGUACGACUUCUUCAUGCGCGGCGAGGAGAUCAUGUCGGGCGCGCAGCGUAUCCACGACAUCAAAGAGCUGGAGGAGUCGAUGCGCGCCAAGGGCCUCGACCCGGAGCACGAGGGCUUCGAUGACUACCUCAAUGCUUUCCGCCAGGGCUGCUCGCCGCACGCCGGUGGUGGUCUGGGCCUGAACCGGAUCGUCAUGUUUUUCCUGGGUCUGCCCAAUGUUCGCCUGGCCACGCUCUUCCCUCGCGACCCGCAGCGUCUGCGGCCAUAA